AUGCCAACCCCAGCUCCCGGAAUCCCGAGCAUUGACACGACAUGCCAACUCUUGGAAGUCGCCGGUGUUAAUGUAUACCGCCCCAACAGCACUCAAUAUGAUGAUCGUGAAGCUGCUUAUUACUCGGCAUCGGCUCGGAUGGAUCCGGCCUGCAUUGUGCAGCCUACGACACCCGAGCAGGUCUCUCAAAUAGUCAAGACGUUGAAUGCCACUGCCGCGACCAAUUGGGCCGUUCGCUGUGGCGGUCAUAUGGCCUGGGGGCCUGCUGCCGACAUCCACGAUGGGAUCACGAUCGAUCUUGCCAAGAUACAGGGGGGUUCGCUGUGGAGUGAUGUCUACUCAACUCUCGAGCAAUUCGGCGCUACUGCUCCCGGUGGUCGUACCUCGACCGUGGGAGUUGGAGGCUUCACGCUCGGUGGAGGUAACAACUUUUACAGCGGCAAAGUUGGGUUUGCGUGUGACAAUGUUGUGAACUACGAGAUCGUCCUUGCCAAUGGAGAUAUUGUUCAAGCCAACAGCACCGACAAUGCCGACCUGUGGAAGGCUCUCAAGGGUGGCUCAUCUAACUUCGGCAUCGUCACGCGGUUCGACGUCCAGGCUUUCGAUGCCGGAGACUUGUACGGAGGCCUCGUGAUCCACCCGCUCAAUACUACCGGUCAAGUUGUCACUGCCUUCUCCAACUUCGUGGACAAUAUUGUCAAUUACCAAGCCGGCUCCGCUUUUAGCUUCUGGUCGUGGGUCAAGGGAGCCUCUGAGUCGGUCAUUAUCUCUGCUCUUCACGACACCACCGGCACCGAGAACGCGCCCGCGUAUGCAGAGUACGCAGCCAUCGAGCCUACGGUGUCGUCAACCCUCAGGCAGGACAGCCAUCUGAAUUUCGCAAAAGAGCUCGAAUUUGCGAAGGGGAACCAGAAUGUCUGGUUCGCCAUCACAGUCAAGAACGACCCGGAGAUCCUGCAGUUCAUAGUGGACCAGCACAACGCAUUCAUCCCAGCCUGGCAAGAGGCGACGGGCGAUGACUCGUUCAGCCUGUACACGGUGUUCCAGCCGCUACCGAAGAUCCUCUUCGACCACGGGGUGGAGAAGGGCGGCAACGUGCUCGGCAUGGACCGGCAAACGGGCAACUGCGUGCUCUUCCAGGUCUUCAUGGUCUUCACAGGCGCGGCGCUGGAGCCCCUCGCCCGCAAACAGCUGGUGGCGUACCGCGAGGCCGUUAGGGAGCAGAGCGUCAAGACGGGCACCGAUGUCGACUUUGCCUAUCUGAACUACGCCGACAAGACCCAGGACCCGAUCACCACCUACGGCGAGGAGAACGUCGCUUUCCUGCGCGAAGUCUCGGCCAAGUACGACCCGGACCAGAUUCUUCAGACACGUCUCCCGGGUGGAUUCAAGAUACCCAAAGCGAAAGCCGGCACGGUGACGAGAUAA